AUGACGACCCUUGCAUCGCCCUCGGCGGCUGACCUCCCGCACGACGACUACGGCCCCCAACUCGUCGCCCUCAGCUGCGCGCUGUUGCUGGCCGCGGCCCUGUUCCUCGUCCUCCGCAUCGUCCUCAAAAUCGUCCACCGACGUGGCCUCUGGUGGGAUGACUAUUUGUUAGUGGCCGCGUGGCUCGUCUUGACCGCCGCCGUGGUCUUGAAUAUUGUCGACGUCGGCUACGGCUACGGCCGGCACUCGUGGGACGUGGACCCCGUGCACAUUCCCGCCAUUGUGACCAACGGCACCCUGAGCGGCACGCUCGUGCUGCUGGCGGCCUGCUGGAGCAAGACGUCCUUUGCCUUUACGCUGCUGCGGCUGCCGAUUGGGUGGAUGCGGCCGCUGGUGUGGACGAUUAUCGUUACGCUCAACGUGUCGAUGCACUUGAGCGCGCUGUCCAUCUGGAUCGAGUGUCCGGCUGCGCCGCCGUCUGUCUCGGGCCUCGGCAUCGACACGGGCGACCGCCUCUGCAUCCCGAUCCCGCUGGCCGUGCAGUAUGGCAUUGCCGUUGGCGGCUACUCGGCGGCCGUGGACUUUGUCCUGGCGCUGCUGCCGUGGAAGAUUCUGUGGAAUCUGCAGAUGCAGCGGCGGGAAAAGAUGGGCGUCCUCAUAGCCAUGAGCAUGGGCGUAUUUGCCGGCCUCUCGGCCGCCAUCAAGACGACAAAGAUAGCGACACUCGAGUCGCCAGACAUUAUCGACAGUGUCCAGCUGGCCGCGUGGGGCAUGGCCGAGGUCGACGUCACGAUCAUGGCAGCCUCCAUUCCCAUUUUGCGGGCCCUCUUCCGGCCCGGCACCUCCCGCCGCGCACCCAAUAUGAACAAUUGGGACGAUAUCAUGGGCGUGACGGCAGCACAGCGGCGGGGCGCAGCAGCCGCCGCAGCCGCCGCCGCGAACGUGGCCUGCUCUGUGUCAACGGACGCAGCAGCAGCAGCAAUAGCAACUGCGCCUAUGACAUCGCCACCAGAGAAACGCUGGCCGCUGCUGACGCCCAAAAGUGUGCGGUUCCCGAGUCUACACGGGAGUGGGCGUGCCAGCCACACAAGCACGAAAGAAGACCUUGAGACCGAUUUCGACUUUGAUGCUGAAGACGACGACCUGAAGAAGCCGGCAGCACCACGGUCCUCCAUUUGGACCUAUGUCAAGUCUCCACGAUCGUCUGUAUAA